CACAACACCAACCAUGAGAUACCAGGUGGCCUUCCUUCUUGUUCUCCUAGCGGGGAUGACUUCGUCCGCCUGCCACGGCAGCCACUGUGGAGGUGGAUUCUCAGUGGCACAUGGCGGAGGAUCUUCAGUUGGACAUGGGGUAGGAUCUUCUGGAGGAUAUGGUGGAGGAUCUUCAGUAGGCCAUGGCGUAGGAUCUUCAGUAGGCCAUGGCGUAGGAUCUUCAGUAGGCCAUGGCGUAGGAUCUUCUGUAGGAUAUGGCGUAGGAUCCUCUGGAGGGUAUGGAGGAGGAUCUUCUAUUGUCAAUGGUGGAGGAUCCUUAGGUGAACAUGGUGGAGGAUCCUCUAUUGUCCUUAGCGAAGGAACUUUGGGAGGAUAUGGUAGAGGAUCUUUCAUAAUCCGUGGCGCAGGACGUUCUGGUGGAUUUGGCGGAGGAUCAUUUAGUAACUCAGUCUACGGCGGAGGAUCAGGAUUCAACGGAGGAUCACUGGGAGGCUUCUCAGGAGACUUCAACUCGGGAGUAGCUGGAGGCUUCGUCGGGGCCUUGGGUGAUGGAUACGGGUCUUCAGGCAACACCUUCGGGGGCCACGAUGGUUUCUUCGGCGAUGGCUAUUCUGGGGGUGGCUUUGACAGCCAGUCAGGAGGCUUCACAUCUGGCGGUGGCUUCACAUCUGGCGGUGGCUUCACAUCGGAUGGAGGCUUCAAUUCAGGCGGAGGCUUCUCUUCAGGAGGAGGCUCCAGCAGUUACUUCAAUGAACCGACUGGCAAUAGCUUAACAGGAACCAUCAGCCAAAGCUACUUACCUCCUCACAGAAAGUAAACACUGACCUUCAGGCUGCUAUCACACAUUAUACCCAACAAGGAAAACUUCAAAAUACCCUAUAUAUAAAGAGUAGUUAAUAAACACUGACCUUUAAUUAAGGUUUUUGAACGAUUUUUUUCCUUCAAGACUUGUAUCUAUGUGCAGAUGGCAAUAAAUUAUGAUUAUCUUUA